AUGUUAAAAUGGUUAUUUGAGCGAUCUAAAUUAAGAACAAAGACAGAUAAAAAUACAACUGAUACAUGCAAUCAAACAUGUUUGUGUGCCGCGAAGCGAAACUCAUUUUAUGAUGAUUUACCUUGUCCAUCACGUUCUGAAGAUGAUCAAGAAGAAAAUCAAUAUGGAUUUUCUAAAUCAGUAGACAAAAAUCGUCAAAGAAAUAUCAAUGGCAACAGUAGUCGAAGGGCUAUUGGUGCGAAUGACGAUGGCAGUGAUGAUAAUUAUAGUAAUAAUGAAUCAGAAACAGAAGAAGAUUUAAUCGUUCAUGAACGAUUAAAAAAAGCAUCGUCUUUUUCGCCUGCCAACAUUCCAAUGUUAGUCGUAUUAUCAUUUAGACCAGAUAAAAAUAAUAAAAAUAUGAAACAAAUUGAUAUUCAGAGAGGCUUUCCUGUCAAUGCUCAAUAUAUGUUAAAUGAAUGGUUAUUUAUCAAAACGGCUGAUAAUGAACAAGGCUUUGUACCAUAUAUUUGUUGUCGACCUGUAUUUCGUCGACAAUCAAUGAAAUGUGAUAAUUUUUUAAAUAAAAAUAGUAACGAUUAUUCUUCAUAUCAAAUGUACAGACCACAUGAUUUUGGCAAUAAGAAUUUGAAUACAACAAACUCAUCGAAUAUUCAACGUUCAUCAACCCGUCCAUCUUGUACAAUACAAGAUUCCCCAUUAACAACAACAACCGCAACACCACCAUCAAAUAAAAAAUUAUUGUUAUCAACACCGACAACAGCAAUUUCGUCACAACCAAUAAUAACAAAUCGAUCAAAAAUUACCGAUGUGGCAUCAUCAUGUGGCGAUUCAGGAUUUUCUGAUUCAGAAAUUUCAAAUCAUUUGAGUAUUGAUUCAUCAACGUACCGAAAUCGAUAUUAUCAACGUCAACUAAUACAACAACAGCAAAAUCGAUCGAUGAUAAAACAAUCCUCUACGACUGGAUUAGUUGUGCACGAUAUAAAACCACGCUGCAGUAUGACAAAUGAAAAUUCAAAAACAAAAUUAUCCAUAUCGAAGAACAGUGCCUUCAGGCCAAUUCAAAUGUGUCCUAGUGCACGACAAAACGAGAACGAUAAUUCAAAAAACGAUCAAUAUAUCAAUCAAAUGCGACAAUUAUCAUUAAAUAAUACCACUUUCAUUCGCAAGUACAAUCCGAAUAAUCAACAGACGAGUAAUCGUUUAUCACUACUACGACAACAAUUUGAAAAUAUUGAUACAACAAACCCUCCACAAUUACAACAACCAAAAUUAUCACCAAGACGUAGUUCAGUAGCUGCAAAUUCUACCAUUACCAGCACAACAGCAACAUCAUCACCCUACAUUCGUCGUACGCCGUUUGCACGACGAUCAUUACCAUAUCAUAGCGAACGAAUAAGUGGAUUAUCGGUAAAAAAUGCAUCAUCACCCGAUCCAUUUGCUGUGGCCGAUAGCAAAGAGAAAACAAACUAUUUGAAACGUCCUCAUCAGCCGUGUUUAAGACACGUUGUUCUAGCUGAAACAAUAUUGCCACCGUCGUCACAUAAUGAAAAAUUAUCAUCAACAACGUUCAAUAGACAUUUUUCUGAUUUAAGUUUAAAUCAAAUAGAAAAUGAUUCAUUAUCACCUAUAAUUAAUGGAAUCAAUGGUGAUCAUUCAUCGACAACAUCAUUUUCUACAGCAUCCACCUCUUCAUCUUCUUCCACCACAUCAUCGUCUUGUUCUCAUUUAAUAUUACCCGAUGUAAUUCAAACACUCGAUGAAAAGACGAAGCAGAUAAAUAAUAAUAAUCAUUGUUUUAUUCAUAAUAUUUGUGUAACCGUGUAG